CAUUGAUAAUUUAACAAAUUAUAAUAGAAUUAAUAUGCCAACAGUUAAACAUGAACAUGGUCAACCAUCAAAUAACAAAUACAUUCAUGGCAAAGAUGAGAACAAGACAUUUUUAAAGAAG